AUGGUCAACUUUAUCACCUCUUUCGCUAUCAUCCUCACCGCUGCUUCUUCAUCCCUUGCUGCUCCUCAACCUCUUGAAGCUCGUGAUGAUACCAGCUGCAUGGACAACCUCCCAGGAAACACCUUGGCCAACGUCAACGAAGCAGUUGAAUGUAUCAACUACCUCGCCAGCCUCGGUGACCAAGCUUGUGUAGCUGGUGUCUCCGGCCAGUCCUUCUGCAGACGUGGAAACACUCAGAUCACUGGUCUCGCCGUUGGACUUAACAGCGACCAAACUUCUUCUUCACCUUGCCGUGAUGUUGCUCGAGGUGCUGGUCUUGUCAUGGACCGUUGCACACGAGCUGAUGGAAAGGUUCGGGGACAGAACCCUGCUUGGGGCAAUGGACACCUCAUGGUCGACAUCCGCAAUGUUCCUCAGUAA